AUGCGGAACUGCGUACAAAGGAAAACCCAGAACAAACCGAAAGUGACAAAAAAGCUGAACAUAGAAAGCCUUAGCAAUGAUACCACAAAAUACCUCUACCAGCAAAGACUAAGGAAGGCAAUAAAUGAAAACAAGAUCUUGAAAGAUGAUACCGUAGAACUAGCAUGGGAAAGAAUAAGUACUAAUUUAAGGACAGCUGCAGAAGAGGCAUUAGCGUCUGAAAUAGAGGAAAGCGAUGAGUCUUCCGCCGCUGAGUCCGCAGAAGAUACAACCAGUAAUAGUUUGUACGGUAAAAACCGGUUCAAAUGGAGCAAAACUCCUCCACGUAUUCGACAGCACAACAUUAUCGAAGAGCGCGUGGGUUUGAAAGGGCCUGCUCUUUCUAAGAAUGAAAUGUCACCAAUAGAAACAUGGGAACUAUUGCUUACUGAUGAUAUAAUCCAACUUAUAGUGCAGUAUACUAAUCAAAAGCUAGAAGCUAAAUAUAUUUCACCACUGAUACGACCUUACUAUGCUAAAAACAUAGAUAGUUGUGAGUUGCGAGCUUAUUUUGGAUUACUUUUACUUACUGCAAUUUUCAAGUCAAAUCACGAAGAUGUUCGAUCAUUAUGGAUAUCUGAUUACACUGGUAGAGACAUAUUUCGUGGCGUAAUGGGAUUGAACAGAUUUUUGUUCAUUCAUUUCAAUAUCACAUUUGAUGACCUUAGCACACGGGAACAAAGGAAGUCUACUGACAAACUGGCUUUGAUAAGCGAAAUGUUUGAUAAAUUUAUCCAAAACUGCAGUAACAACUAUACUUGCUCGGAAUAUUUAUGUAUAGAUGAAAUGUUGGUGAAAUUUCGUGGUAGAUGCUCGUUCAGGAUGUUUAUCAAAAGCAAACCUGGAAAAUAUGUGCUGAAAGUUCAAUGCAUGUGUGAUGCAAAAACCCACUACUUGUACAACGCUUUUAUAUACACAGGAAAGCCUCUAAUACAAAGUAAUUCUUCACAAUCCGUACCAACUCAGGAUGUUUUGAAGUUGACUGAGCCGGCGUAUGGAUCAAAUAGAAAUAUCACUGGAGAAAGUUGGUUCACUUCGAUUGAACUAGUGGAUCUACUCUUACAAAAAGGACUCACAUAUGUUGGCACCGUACGAAAAAAUAAACGAGAAAUUCCACGUGAGUUUCUUCCCAAUAAGACAAGGCCCGUGGAAUCUUCCUUAUUUCGAUUUGUACGUGACAAAACAUUGGUAUCACACGUACCAAAAAAGAACAAGAGUGUAGUUCUACUUUCAUCAAUGCACCAUGAAAUAUCAGUUAACGAGCAGUCCAAAAAGCCGGAAUUUUAUAACAGCACUAAAGGAGGAGUAGAUGCCUUGGAUUUGAAAUGUUCAAAUUAUUCAUGCUCACGUCGAACACGGAGAUGGACAAACGCAAUUUUUGGUGCUAUAAUGAAUAUUUCAAUUACUAAUAGUUAUGUUCUCUGGGUUAUAUCCAAUCAAAAUAAGAAAAAGAGCCGACGAAAAUACAUAAAGACUAUUGCAAUGUCUCUUAUAAAUCCACACAUUUGCCAAAGACUGGAAAAUAAUACUAACUUGACCAAAGAUGUAAGAGCGAUAAUGAUCAAGUUGAUCGACAAAGAGCAGACUUUGCCUAGCUCAGAUGAACCUGGUCCUAGUGCCCCAAAAAUUAAGCGAAGAUGCUAUAGUUGUCCCAGAUCUAAAGAUAAAAAAGUACUAUUGUCUGCCGAAGACAAUGGCAGUUUUACCCGAGCCAAAUCACCUACGUUUGACGGGAAGACGUCUUGGAUUAAUUACGUUAAACAGUUAAAAGCAGCUGGAGUGAAUAAUUGUUCCGAUAAAGAAAAAGCAGUGAAUUUGAACAUUGCACUACGAGGAGACGCAUUAGAUGUACUCCAAAAGAUCCCUCUCCUAGAAACUGAAGACUUCGAACAACUGCAAAAGAGAUUGGAUAUAUUCUAUGGUCACGAACAUUUAGAACACCUGUACCAUUCGCAGCUAAAAAAACGAUAG